CAGGGCAGAUCGAGACGAGAAGCUGAACUAUCGUCAGAAGAAUUCCCCACACGAAUUAAAGAAAAUCAUCUGCGAACAAGUCCAGGUAGUGAGAAUGUGCUUUUGGCGCGUCAUGUCUGCAAAGGUAGUAAAGCAAGAGUGCAGUCAGUUGGUUUAGUAAUUUUCCACGCAAGAAAUAAAAAAAAAAAUCUAUAAAUUCGUAUGUUUAUUAGAACUUCAUAAACUCGCAGAAAGGUUAGCAAGGUUGGGCAGGAGUGCUAGACUACAAAGCGCGAUAUCGGCUGGUUUCGCUCCAACGGCGGCCAGUACCGAUCCUCAAAACUAGACUAGAUAAUAAGUGUGGCUUAGAUGAUCACUUGUCAAUGGCGGCCAUAAACAGUGUCCUCAAUUAAACUUUUAUGUUCAAUACAUUUGAUUCUUGAAUAAAGUAGUUGUUUACAUCACUGCCAUAAGUACCCUCUGUUAACCGUUUGUUCAUUUUCUGCUUGUUUCCUGGUUUGGAGUCUGAGUUCUGGGAUGAAAUUCGCUUGAUAUGGUAAAAACGACUUCUUCGUGUUGAUAUUAGGCGUUAUAAAAGAUUUUGUCCCCCGAAUUAAAUGAUCAGCGAGCAAGAUCUCGUUAGGUGUUCUCCGCCAACUGCUUACUUUUGGAUCAAUGUUUUCCAGCCACCGUAACAUUAAUAUUUAAGCACCGGUGCGGGCUUAUGAAAUAGUAUUUUUAAGUUAAAAAAUACCAAGACAGUUACCACUUUUCAUUAGUAGCAACAGGGACUGCGAGUGUAAGCACUGGUGAUGAGCGGAAAGCAAUUCCUCUUUGUCUCCCAAGUAACUGCAAGUGGAAUUCACACGCUCGUGAGUGUACGAAAACAGAAGAACAACGCUCGUCGCUGUAUGUGGUUGGUGAAGCCAUUG